GGGUGAGACGCAUUAUGUCCGCGGCAAGAGAGCUGAAAAGAGCACGGGAAUUGAUGGGAAUGGCGGCCGCGACCAGCUGCGUUUAGCGUGGUUUGUGGUACGUUGGGUACGCGUGUAGCGUGAAGAACGAUUUUUCUUCGCAAAUUCCAGAUUCCAAGCUAUAUCUAUGUCAAGUGUGUCAACUAUGUGACGUUCGGCUGCGGAAAUCGGAAGAUAUUCUCCCGCUCUCGCGUCCACCUCGAGAUGAGGGAACGAUACUUGUCUUCUGUUGCGAUCUGAUUCGCUCUCCGUGUCUCUCUCCGAGCGUGCAGCGGAUUAAAAACAUAUCUCGAAAUAUCUGGAAAUCGGGCCUGUGAGCUAACUGUGCCGAGCCGGCGCGUACAGACGGCAAAAAUGUCAUCUGAAUACAGUCGAAACGUUUUAAAAAUAGUUGUAGCGCAGAUCUGUCAGACAAUAGGAUGGCACUCUAUUAAUUCUACGCCAUUGGAAUUUCUGGUAGAUCUUAUGCAGGAAUAUCUGUUACGUGUUUCAAAACUUACACAUCAAUAUGCGGAAGUUUUGGAAAGAACAGAGCCAAAUCUUGAUGACUUAGGAUUAACAUUUCAAUACAUGAAUAUUGAUAUACAGGAAUUAGCUGAAUACGUGAAAAAUGUAGAUUCUGUUCCAUGCGCUAUACAAGUACCGCGUUAUCCAAUUCAACGUCAGAAUCAUUUAAAUUUUUUAAAACCGGGCAGUCGUGAAGUGGUUACAAGACCAGUACACGUACAUGAACAUUUACCAGCUAUGUAUCCCGAAACUGAAGAGGAAUAUAUACCAGAUAAGAAUGAAACUUUGAUGAAUGGCACGGCGGACCUGACAUCCAGCAGCGGGACAUCAUCGGGCAAUUCAAAUAACACGUCACCUCAUAGAAUGUCGCCACAAGUGGUUUUUAAACGACCGGGUGACCCAGUGUCUUUUGAAAGUCCUAUAGUGAAGCGUGCGAAGAUUUUGGAGGAAGGCAGACCGUUACGUGAAAUAAGCAGCGUUAUGAUGACCACAUCUGGUUUUUUAUCACCUGCGCGAGAAGGAAAGUUACCUGAAGCAAGAACGCCGCAUCAGGUCCGAUCGGAUUCGCCUCAACCGAGUUCUUAUCCAAUGGUACCGCCUGAAUUGAAAACCGAUAAAAAACCGAAGAAGGUUGUCAAGAAAGGUCCCGAGGAUCGUAAGCUUGAUAAAGAGAAUAAGAAGAAGAAAGGCGCGAAGGAAUUGUUCAAGCCGGAUAAGAUCGACGAGAGCAAAGUAAAGAAAUUAGUCGGCAUGAAGGAGUUGGCCAAGUUAAAACCGUUAAAGCCAGGCGGCGGCAAAGCGCAAUCUACGUUACAAGAACUUACGGGUAGCAGACCGUCUACGCCAAAGGUCGCGUCACCGAAAUCAGCCGCCAGUAGUCCAAAAUCAUUGAAAACGACGCAGCCGAAGGUCAAGGCUGACAAAGUGGUAGAUCUAACAGACAACUCCGUCGCCGUUGAGAAGAAAGAGGAACCCGUUGAUAAAUUACCGUCAGAACCGGAUAAACAAAAACUGAAUAUCUUUAAGAAGAUAUCGAAACCGCGUGAAGAAAAAGACAAAGAUAAAGAGACAACGGAGCCGCAUAAGUACAAAGAUACUCUUGAUUCGCGCGAGAACUCGCCGGAAUUGGUCAUCGACGUUGAGAAUGCGGAGAAACAUGCGCACCGUAACGACGUGGAUCCGAAAGGAGGACGCGAGGAAAAGAAAACACCUCAUACACCAGACGUACAUAUACAAUCGGAUAGUGAUGUGGCAGAUGUGCAGAGUUUAUCGUCGGACGUUUAUAUAUUUGACGACGCUAUUUCACCACCGGGUACGCCUAGUACACCAAAAACUCCUGAAUUGAGUGUACCCACUGUGCCGGAGCAGAAACGGAAGAAGAAGGAAAAGAGUGGUAAAAAGAAAGAACCUAAAUUGAAGAAUCCAAAACAAUGUAUCAGUCCGAAGAAGACAAAACCUUCGAAUGACGUGACAGAAUUGGAUAUACCAGAUCGACCCAAAACGCCACAAGCACCUGAGCCACUACAUAGAGAGCCUAUUCUUCCGAUGCCACUUCACACGUUCCCUUUUUUUCCUCCAUUUCCUUCGGCACCUGGUUUAAUUCCUCCGAUGUUUCCUCCGAGAUUUUCGUUUCCACUUGGACGAGGUGGACCAGGUCCUCAUCCCGCGAUGCCCAAUUUACCAUUACCACCGCGUUUUUCUAAUCCACUUAUAAAACCCGAAGACUUUCCACUCCCAUCCAAAAUUAAACCAAUGGAACGUGAGAAGCCACUGAUUCCCGCACCGGCCGAGCUAACACCUUCGUCGAUUCUAAGCGAAAAUGAGAAGGUGGACAAAGAGAAGGUGGAUAACAAACUUACAAAAAUGUUUAAGCCAAAAGAAUUGCCUUUCAUGAAAGUACCUGAGAGGGUACUGCCGGUAGGCGUUGCACCGCCUAUUGUGUCUGCACCUGUCGCACCAAUCACGCUUCCUACACCACCAGUACCCGUCGCGCAAAUGCCACCAUCGAAAAAUCCUAAAGCUGAAAAAACAGAGAAGAAUGAUAUGAAGUCUAAAGAGCACAAGAAAGAAAAGAAGGAUAAGGUGAAAAAGAAGAAGGAUAAAAAAGAGAAGCACAAAGAAAAAGGCGAGAAAGUAAAGGAUAAGAAGGAAAAAACUGAAAAACGCGAGAAAUUAGAAAAGCUUAAAGAAAAAAAGGAGAAAAAAGAAAAGAAAAAAGAAAAAGAUCAAAAUAAAAAGAAUAUGAAGGAAGAAAAGAAUCCAGAAGCUGUUCCCAAAAUUACGUUAAAAUUAGGUACAGCUUCUCCCAGGCCAGCAACUCCAGAUAAUGCCCCUAUGAAGAAAAUAACUAUUAAACCACUUGUGAAAAAGCCCGAUGAAGAGGUCAAGCGGGAACCUAGUCCAGAAUUGGCGAAAAUAUCGGCAUUGGUAACACGACCGCCAAAGCAAAAGUCAGCAAGUAAGAAAACAGAGGAGGGAAUAUUAGAUGGAAGCCCUGCUCUUCCUACAGACUCUUUCUCUGCCAAUCUUACUAGCGCGCCACUUGCAUCAGUUCCUCGAGCAAAGAAAUCUAACUUCCAAAAUCUAUCUCAAAAGGUGAAAGCAGAGCCAGUUUCUAAAAAGGAUGAUGCUAAAGAAGACAAAGAAAAUGGCAGGAACGUGUUGCCUACAACACCAACCACUACUGUGGAUCGAGGGGGACGUCAGGUAUGGAUAUGUCCUGCAUGCGGCAACCAGGACGAUGGCUCGCCUAUGAUCGGCUGCGACGAUUGUGACGCUUGGUAUCACUGGGUGUGCGUUGGUAUGCAGGUUCCACCAGCUGAGGACGAGGAUUGGUAUUGUCGUUUUUGUAUAGCGAAGAAACAAGAGCUGCUUCACGAUAAGAAGAAGAAAAAGAGGAAAAAGAAAGUGAAAGUAACUGCCUAGUAUAAGUCAACCGGGUCUAACUGCGUGAGACCCGGUGUCAUUAUACCAAGCAUUACCAAAGUUAAAGCAAAGGAUAAUAAAAGUGGCAUUAAGAGUGUGAAAACGAAAAAGGUGCCUAAGGGUGAUGUUAAGAUGCAAGUAAAGCCGUUAAAAGGAAAAUCGAUAGCAACUAAAGGAAAAGCUACGAAGAAUGUAGUGAAAGUGAAGGCUGUAAAAAAGAAAUAGAGUAUGAUGUGCAAUAUAAUUUAGAAAACGGGAAUUGUAUUUUGUAAACUAUGGGACAAAUGUAAAGGAUUCUAUUUUUUUUUUAUGCCAGCGUACAAGCAUUCUACGUUUGUAUUGGUAUUCUAUAAUACAGUAACGAUAUUUAUCGGUGUUUUAGUUAUUAAGAAAAUAUAUUUUAGUGAUAUGUUUUUCAAGAUACCGAUAAACGUUAAUAGAAUACCGCUGGUUCUGGAUAGUUUUUUUUUUUCGGUUUUUCUACCUUGUAUACACAUCUAUCACAUUGUAUUACAAACGUUUAUUACACAAUAUGACAAAUUGUAGUAUAUUUUCUUAGCUCUAUUAGAUUCACACAUCUUUCACCUUAUGCUUGAUAGAUUUAAUAUACAGGACUUCACAAAAUACAAAAUAAUGUCCAUUUUUAAUACAUAUGUUGUACGAAUCAAUUAUGUAUAAUAAGUCAUUAGCGAUAUAAUUAUAUAUUUAAUUUCAUUUCUUUCAUAUAUACAUAUACAGGGUGUUUAUGGAGUCUGUUACCACUCCUGUUAUGUUUCAAAACGGUUUCAAAUUUAUAAAAAUAUGCGAAAUAUUUGUGUUCGAUAUAGAGGAUUCUGCUCUUAAGAGAUUUAGAAAAAUUGCUUUAGGGGAAGGACGUCUUAGGAAUUCCAACUCUAAAAUUUUUAAUAGGAUUUCUCAUAUAUAAUGUUAGAAAAGGUAUUAAAAAAAAAUUUCAAAGCGAAGAUUGAUGCGGUGAUCCGUUUGGGAGUUACUUUGGACCGAAAUUUCGAAAAAGGCUAAUUAAAAAAAAAUUGUUACUCCCGGAAAAUUGUUUAAAAAAAAAAAACAUUUGGGAAAAGGGUUUUUUUUAUGCUUUCUAUUGUAAGCGUAUAAGACCGUAUAAGGCUCUGUAUAGAAAAAAAUUAAUACUUUCACACUGGGAAUGUUUUUUUCUGAUUUUCUGAAGUAAUUAUUGAAAUGGGAAUAACAAUUUUUCUUUUAAUUUUGAACUUUGAUUCCAAAUAAAUCCCGAACAGAUCAAUAUAUCAAUCUCUGCUUUGAACCAAACAUUUUUUUAUGUUCUUUCAUACAAUAUACUACAAUAUUGAAAUUCUAUUUGAAAUUUUUAAAUUGGAGCAUCUUGGAGGAAGGGGAAAAGAGGUAACCUCUUUAAAAGAGUAACUCUUCGAAAUGAUUGAAUACAUAUUUCGCGGUUUAUCAUAAUUUUGAACCUAUUCUGAAAUAUAUUUCUAAAAUAUAGAGGAUGGUAAUUUCAUAAAUACCCUGUAUCUAUGUGUGAGUGUGCGCGCGUGUGCGUAAAAAACAAAAAAGCAUGUAUUAUAUAUAUAUAUAUAUAUAUAUAUAUAUAUAUAUAUAUAUAUGUAUGUAUCACAAACUACUUUGAUAACAAUUUUAUUGUGUUAUACUAGCAAUCAUUUCACUAUAAUUUAUACAUUAAUAAUUUAUAGUAUUAUAAUUGUGUUGCCUGUGUACAGGAUGUGAAAUAUUAUUUAAUUCUGAUAUGUAUUUAUAAUGUACACAAUGAAUCCGAGAAUAAUUGGAAUAAUGAACAAAAUUACUUGUUAGGGUAAUCAGUAACAGCAAUAAAACAAGCGCCAAUUUAUAAGAAUUAAUUGUCAAUCAUAUGUCAGUCAAAAUGUUACAAUUUGUAUAAUUCUAUCUAUAAAAAUGAUUGCUCGAGUUGAUUGGGAUCAUGAAUAUAUAUCUAUUGAUUAUAUAUAUGUAUACAAAAAGAUUAAAUUAUAACAGACUGUAACAAAUAUUUGUCAUGUCGACACUUGUUAUUAUAACCAAUUGUAAAAUUUUUUUUAUAUCACUCUAUUAAAUCUAUAUAUCUGAUUAUGCAUGUAAUAUUUUGUUCAAAUUUUUUUAUAACAGUUCUAUAAAUAAUAAUACUCUAUUACACACCAAUCAGGUAUCAUCAAAUGUGCGUAUGUAUACACAUACAUAAAAAUAAGAUAUUUGUCUAAAGAACACUCAAAGUGAAAUUGUAUUGACUGCGAUAUUUAUUGUAAUUCGUUUCUUUUGUACUUGAAGUUUGAAGCAUGAUAGAUACAAAUGUGUAAUUGUAAAAAAUUUACAAUUAUAAAUUCGUUAUUUACAUAUUGCA